AUGAGUCCUCUUAGGCUGCGAGCGUCUCUCUCGUUGCUGCUGCUGCUGGGUGGCUGCCUUCUCGAGGGCGCCGGGAGAAACCAGGGGGCGGCUGGCAGCGCGGUCGAGUCGGCCCCGGGCCCCGCGGGCGGCUCCUCCGGUCGCUUCGUCAGCCCCGAGCGGCACGCGUGCAGCUGGCAGCUCCUGCCGCCCGCCCCAGGGCCCGCGGCGGGCAGCGAGCUGGCGCUGCGCUGCCAGGGCCCAGACGGGGCGCGCCACCAGUGUGCCUACCGCGGGGAGCCGGGGCGCUGCCCGGUCUACGCCGCCAGCCGCUCGCACUACUGGAAGCAGGUGCUGGGUGGGCUGCGCAGGAAGCGGCGGCCCUGCCACGACCCCGCGCCGCUCAAGGCCCGCCUGUGCGCGGGCAAGAAGGGCCAGGGCGCGGAGCUGCGCCUGGUGCCCCAUGCAUCCCCGUUCGUCAGCCCUAUUGGGGCGGACUUUCCCCGGGAUCCCAAGCUCCGGGCCAGGAGCCGGGGGCAGCCCCGAGAGGCCGCGCGCGGCCCCACCGCAGGGGCCCCGCCUCCCCCGAACGCGCCGCCCAAAGGGAAGCCCUCUGAGAAGAAGACCAAAGGAGGCAAGAGAAAGGCUGCCUGGAACCCAGACGAGGAGCGAUCUCUGGGGACCCGGCCCGAUCCCGACGAGCUGGAAGAGAACGCGAAGCUCACGGAGACCUACUGUGCUGAGCAGUGGCAUUCCCUCUGCAACUUCUUUGUCAAUUUCUGGAAUGGCUGA